AUGCCAUCACCACCAAAACCUUGGGAAGUAAGCAAUGGCACAUCAGCAGCAGUGUCGUCAGUGACAACUGGUGCAGAUAGCUCAUCAGCUAUAACAUCAGCGACAGAAUCACCAACUGUUCCAAGUCGUCCGUCUACAAUGAAUAGUACUGGAAGUACUACUUUUGGUGGGACCGGGUAUGGCUCUGGACUUGGGACUUAUGGGAGCAGUUACAACAGCCCAUAUAGUCGAUAUGGAGGAUAUGGCUCAAGUAUGGGUAGCUAUGGACUUGGUGGCUACGGCGGCUACGGCAGCUAUGGUAGUUACGGCGGCUACGGCGGUUAUGGCGGCUAUAGUGGAUUCGGAUCACCAUACAGUCGGUUUGGAACAGGUUAUGGACGAUUCGGUGGAUAUGGUGCUGCAGGAGGACCUGGCGACGAGUUUAGCCUAACACAACGGAUGGAAUCCAGCACUCGGGCCACCUUUGAGGUCAUUGAGCAGAUUGUGGGUGCAUUUGGUGGAUUCGCACAGAUGCUUGAUUCAACUUUUAUGGCAACACAUUCCAGUUUUAUGGCAAUGGUUGGGGUUGCAGAGCAGUUUGGUCAUUUGCGCCAUUAUUUGGGUAACCUGCUUGGGAUCUUUGCUUUGAUCCGAUGGCUUCGCCGGUUGUACUACAGAUUGACUGGUCGCACACCUCCAGCUGAACAAGAGGAACAAUCUCAGCAAGAGGAUGAACAACACCAACAGGAAGAGGAGGUGCAAUAUCAACAAGAACAACAGCCUAAGAAGCGACGAUCAAUACUGUUUAUCCUGGCAGUGUUUGUUGGAUUACCAUACAUGAUGUAUAAACUUUUCCGCAAAGCUGCAGAGUAUCAUAAACAACGAAUGUUGCUUGCACAACGAGAGAAUGAAGCCAUAGUGCUGUACGAUUUUGUCGCUGAAGAUCCCAUGGAGAUUAGUUUACGUCGCGGUGACACCGUUGAAGUAUUAUCCAAGGUUGACCCUGCUACAGGCGAGCCAAGCAGCUGGUGGCAUGGCCGUCUCAAUAACGGCAUGUCAGGAUUGUUUCCAGCCAAUUAUGUCCAAUUACAACGCAAAAAACUGCUGUAA